GUCAGUAGUGAACCAGCUGUUGGAUAGCAGUGCAAGUAUUGCAGAUGAUUGCUGUAGAAUAGCUUGCUUAGAAUGGCCAUCCCUUAGUGUUGCAGAGCAAACUACAACAAAACAGUCUCAACAGCUUCUUAAGAAUAUCUACACAUUUUUCAAUAUGGACUACAAAAUACCAUUUUCUGAAGCAGUACUGCAUUCUGGGGUUGUACAUAAUAUCAAAGUGUUUCAUAUGUCGUUAAUCAUGACUCAAUACCAGGAGUUUGUGCAGCAGUCAUCUUCACAGACAACUCAAGCUAUCAGCCGAUCUGUUUCACAACAUUUAUCAAAGCUUCAUCUAGCAACUGCUAAAAUAGCUCGCAAACACAGCAAUUAUGCUCUUGCCUUGAAACAUCUUGUGUACCAAGCAGAUAUUGUCAACAACUCUGAUGACUGCAUUCCUAAGGUGUAUGACAUGGAAAUUCACAACAGUAAUACAAAAAUUUGUCAGCCUUUACUGUUAGCUAUUCAAGCUCUUCAAGAACAAGACGCAGUGUCAUUAGACAUCUUACAGUUGAAGCGGGAGAGUGCUAAGCUACUGCAUAGCAUGGGACAAAAAGUUGAUGCCUGUGAACUGAUGGUGAAAACUAUAGUUAAAUAUGCACCGCUUGUGAGCACAGGUAUUGGAGUAAGUAAAGAGAUGUCGAUGCUUGCAGACCUAAACUCAAGAUCUCUAUUAAGCUUAGUAAAGUGGUUCUUAAGUGAUUAUAAAACAGCAACUUACUACUUAAAGCAGAGUGUUAGCACUGGUGAAGCAAGCCAAAUAGCACAAAACCUUAAGGUACUUAUUGAUAUGGAAUAUAAUGGAGCUAGUCUGGGAUUUGGUGUCUCAACAAUUCCUUCCAGGAUCGGUGGACACCUUGAAGCUGUAGGGUGUAGCCCGGCCAUCAGUGAAACUGACGCAGUUUGUGGUAAGUUGCUGCAUCUGAGCACAAUGCAAGCACCAACUCUUGCCAAAGCCUGGUCUUCACUUGCCUCCUGGUGCUACAGGUGGGGACGUAAAGCUGUUGAUAUUGCAAG